CUAAUUCGCAUUGCUCUGCAUCAAUCAUAUUUCACAAAACUCAGUCAGGAACCAACAAUGGCCGCUACUUCAGAAAAGACGGGACCCACCAACCCGGCUCUGGAACCGGACUCCGAUGCUCCGGACAAUCCUUGUCACGAGUUCGCUCAAUUCGGAUCCGGGUGCUUCUGGGGAGCGGAGCUGAGGUUCCAGCGAGUGGUCGGAGUGGUCAAGACCGAGGUCGGCUACUCCCAGGGCCACGUGGAGGAUCCGAAUUACAAAUUGGUUUGCACCGGAAAAACCAACCACGCGGAGGUGGUUCGGGUCCAGUUUGACCCGGAAGUCUGCCCUUACACUGAUCUGCUCUCUGUCUUUUGGGCUCGUCAUGAUCCAACGACGCUCAAUCGCCAGGGUGGUGAUGUUGGUACACAAUAUCGAUCUGGAAUAUACUACUACAAUGAAAACCAGGCUCGUCUGGCCCAGGAAUCAAAGGAGGCAAAGCAAGUGGAGUUGAAGGAUAAGAAGGUGGUGACUGAGAUUCUGCCAGCAAAGAGGUUUUACAGGGCAGAGGAGUAUCAUCAGCAAUAUCUGGAAAAGGGAGGAGGUCAAGGCAACAAACAGUCUGCUGAAAAGGGUUGCACUGAUCCUAUUAGGUGCUACGGUUGACAAGUUUAUGCAUGCAUGACGCCAUAGGAUUCAAUCUUAAAACAUAUGAUGCGUCAAUGCCGUACUUAUCGUAAAUAAAUGAGGUUUCAUAGUGAGACCGGAUAUGUACAAAUGAAACGUUGCCGCAUCAGUUGAGGUCCAAAACAUUAUAAUUUGUUUUGGUGUACCCGUACUGUUUACGACAAUCAAGCAUCAUGCUUUUAUAUAUUGAAAAUACUCUGAUUUUGAACCUUCUU